UUUAAAGAGUCUAAAAAUCCACUCAUAACCUCCGCCAUGGAAAAAUGUCGCCUCAGUUCUGCCCUCUUCAAAUGCGUCGACUGUUUUACUUGCAAGCUUAGCGUACUGGUCACUGCCAGCGACGCUGUAGGCAACUCGACCUCCAGUGUCUCGCCAGGAGUGGUCAGUACGCAACGCAUUUGGGAAUGCCAACCUGUCUUUUAACCCUGCCCCCUUUAGAAAUUGGAUCUUACGCCCCCAGUCAUUACGGGAUUGACGUUUGCGACCGACAAAAAACCAUUGGAGGGGACUCUAUUUUAUGCGCGGAUGACAGAUGUCAAACUGAGCACCGCCGUUUAUGAGCCGGAAGCGCCACUAUCGUCUGUUGUUCUCAACAUGGCUGUUGCAGAUUUCACACAGUUCACAAACAGCGUUCCGAAUAUCUUUGGCACACUUCCAUUCGGAAAAAAUGUCAAUUAUGCGACCGGUGCUCUGGCGGUCGACGCAGCCUCGUGGAAUGGCAAGAGUUUUCACGGACAACCCUAUGUCGUUCAAAUACAAGCUACAUCCGCUGCUGGGCUUGUUAGCUCGCGGAGUUCAACUGUGAUCGUCGAUGGCACGCCUCCGUCGUCGGGCUACGUUCGCUUCAAUCAGUCCUACUACGAUCCCACUGUUACGAGCGCCGUUAGCGCGACAUUUGGCGGGAUAGCGGACCUGGAGUCGGGAAUCAAGGAGUUCUACUAUCGGUGGGGCUCCGAUAAUAGCUUUUGCACCGGAGCCGACUUUGCAUUGCCUCUGCCGGCAGGAAGCAAGUGGCAGCCAUUCUCACUCCCUGCAGACGCGGACGCCUAUGCACCCGACGAGCAGACGGUUCUGCUCAAGCUCGGCAAUGUCAAUGCUUCGAAAGUCUAUUUGGGGAUCGCUGGAGUGAAUCGGGCUGCGACGGCUGGUUCCUCCAUGUCGCAGAGCGUUUCAUUUUCGUGCUCACUGGGACUCGUGGUGGACUCGACAGGCCCUUCCAUUGAUAUUAAUUCGAUCGAAAUCGUUCAGGCAACUCUGUUCAACAAGAAACAGUAUCUGUCCGGCGUCGAAAGAACUGUUACGGCCAAAUGGUGUGCCCUCGCUUCGUUGUCAGGUGUCAGCUAUUACAAUGCGUCGCUGUAUUUCGAUGAUAAGCUCGCGGUAGGACCGUCAACCUGGUACACAAACUCGGCCACCUUGAGCUACAAAGAGUCUGGGCCCCUCCCAGCCAGCACCAAAGUGAAACUUUGCGUCACGGCCAUGAGUUACGCGCACAGGGUGGUGGGACCGGUUUGCCAGGAUACCUUGAUCAACACCGUCGAACCCGACUUCUCAACCUGCAGCACCGCAGGAAUGACAUUGCCUACAUCGGCAAACAGCAUGGCGACGCUUCAAUUAGAUUGGAUGUCGUGUGUGUCAGCCACUUAUAUGGUCGAUCACUACGAAUACAAUAUCGUGAAGAACGGUCAAAUUGAGUAUGGUGGAAAGCGCGGCAUUCUCUCUGGAAAUACCACCAGUUUGGCGUUGCCCCUGAACAGUACGGUUGUCAUUGGAAAGAUUGUGGUGUGCCUAACGCCUGUGGACAUGUUUGGCGAUUCUCACCAACCAUUUUGUACCAAUCCGGUCACCAUUGAUUCAACUGUGCCAAUGCCGACGGGGGGCGUGCGAAACAUUGAUCCGGCGACGAAGUUGCCAAUUCAAACAACUACAAGUCUGACCGGACUUUCAGUAGGGUGGGACGCCUGGCAGGAUGCAGCAACUUUCAUCUCGAACUAUACUGUCACAAUCACCGCAAUGUCCUUGAACAAGACAGAGUCUGUCUUUGCAGGACCCGUCACCCUGUCGACCGUGGACCUGAAGCCGCACGCGGAUGGCACGUUUUCUCAUGAUUUCUCGGGGUAUAGAGUGGUCGUCGGAUCGACCUACACCGCCUCGAUUUACGCAACAAAUGCCGCUGGACUUUCCAGUGGCCCGACCAAUUCCAGCGGUAUCAAGGCCGUCGAUCCUGCCCUCUUUCCGGAUCCUGUUGUAACAAUAUUGGACGGGAUUGUGCUCCAAACUCAAAGCACGCUUUAUCGCCUCAUACCUCAGGGAAAGGAUCAGAAGUUGCACAUCACUUGGCAAAAGUUCCGGGGCUUUAGCGGUGCCAAUCGCGUUUCCUAUGCUGUCCAAUUCGUUUCCGAACUCGACAACCAAGCAAGCAAUAUAACCGUCGGAAGCUCCCUCGACGCGCUGGUCGCCAUUCCGUCGAAUCCAGGAGCGUACCGUGUGUACGUAAACUUGCUUUUGACUGACGGCGCGAACGCAACUACCAUCGCGAAAACUGCUUUGGCGCCGGAGAAGCUUAUCAUCUCAGAAACGAUCGGAUUCACACCGGGAGUCGGGGAAAGUUCGUGUGACGUGCAGUUUGAUGUAUCUUCCGUGAGCGUUCCUCGGCCUGCGGCAACUUUGCAGGCAAAGUGGCCUAAGUUUGUGGAUACCUAUGGGCUCAUCUCCAACUAUCGGCUUGCCUUCCGCCGUCAAGGCCAAACCUUUCGCACGUCAUCCUGGUCCGAGGUUGGAUCGAGCUCGCAGUCGUUCGCUGGAAAGGUCGCCUAUCCGUAUGGGGUUCCGAAUAUGCUGACCCCUUGGCAGCUCGAAUGCGUGAUCGAAGCUGUGGAUGUUGCGAAUCGGUCUUCAUCAAUCACAGUGCCUGCGAGGUGGACGACUCUCACUACGCCUAAAAACAAGGCUGCUGUGGUCUCGGUCCCCCUCACCAAGUUGAGCCAGACUCCUGCGAAUAGCUCGGAUUUCGGCUUUCUUGAGGAAAUCACCAUGACCGCCGGAGGAGAUAUGACAUUCGCCGCCGCUUUUUUUGGGUUUCCACAACUGCAAAGCUCGGGGACGCAGUUGGCGACCGUUCAGUACUCGGUAGGCAAUGCGAUGUCGAACACUACGGGCAUAUUUGACAACAUCAUACCUUUGACCGCACUCGACCUCUCCGGAGCUACCAAUCAAUCCAUGUUGAUUGAAGGUACUUACGUGCCAGUCCACAUGUUUGCAGUUCCCAUUACAUAUCUGGACGCAACGCCUGUGUCGGUGUGCGUCAACGUCACAGUGCAGGCAACUUCGGAGUCGGUUUUCACAUGCAGUGCCGGAGUCGCAGCAGAUUCAAACCCUCCUGCUGUUGGCACCACGGAGAUUUCCCUGGGUGCGCAAUACGCAACGACCUCCUCCUCGCUUGUGAUAACUUGGGAUGGCUUCACAUCCCCAAGUUGGCUGCAUCCCAACGGAUCGGGGAUUGCCUUCUAUCAAUGGACAUUGGGUACAUAUCCGGGCGGAGACGACAUUGUGAGCGCCACUCGAUCCUACCCAAGCGCCGGGAGAGCGCUGGUAACUGGCAUUAAGCUACUGAACGGAUAUAGCUACUUCGCUACUGUAAUAGCGACGGCCGACAACGGGCUUUCGUCGAACGCAACUUCGGACGAAGUCAUCAUUGAUUACACACCGCCGAGAUCUGCAUCUGGCAUCACCGCGAUUCGUCCCAUUCAAGUUUCCGACAAGGUUUGGAAUGUCAGAAUUGAGUACGAUCACUGGACCGAUUUGGAAACCCGCGUUGCAAGCGUCACUUGGGUGAUCGAAACACAAUAUGGAUAUGGGGAUGUUCUCCCAGCCACGAGGACUGACACGCCGACAUCUGCCGAAGCAAAAAAUCUGCAGCUCGGCGUCGGUAUCACGUACGUCGUCAGAGUCAUAGCGACCAAUACGGCGGGAUUGGCGCAGGAGUCUAUCCGCUCCUUCACGGUGCCGUAUCCCGUCUGGAUUCUCUCGCUCGUUGACGGCGCUGCUAUAGGUCGAAGUCUUUACUCGACGAAAGCAUACUCCACGGAGAAAAGUAUUUACAAUCUUUCGUGGAGGUUACUGGGGUCACCUCUCUACGCGGAGUAUGCUCUAGGCACCAGGCCAAUGCAGAACGAUAUCUAUCCUUGGACGAGAGUUACUUCGGAGACUGAAGCUUCAAUCAUCUUAACGGAACAAUUCAAUGACGGAUUGACAUUGUACGCCUCGAUGCGAGCAUUUGGAGAAAAUGGAAUCAUCGCCGAUGUAAUUUCGACGGCUGGUAUCACGUUUGACGAAAGCCCGCCUCUGGUGGGUCGAGUUAUCCAAGGUCGUGGGACAGUUCACAAACUGUGGACGAUGAGUUCCGCCAUUGUGUCCUUCAGCUGGACUGGCUUUUUGGAUCGGCACAGUGGUAUUGCCCGGCACCAUUAUUGCAUUGACGCUGACCCGGACCCUAAAAGGUGCGCAUCUGAGAUGACGGAAAUUUAUGGCUCCACCGGUGUCUACAGUGCAGGCUUGGACACUGAGCUUGUUGUGGGCAAGAAGUACUACAUCAAGAUCCGUGCCACAAACGGUGCCGGCCUGUCUUCCUAUGGCAUGUCACCACCAUUCAAAUACGAUCCAUCACCACCGACCCUGGGCCUAGUCACAGUCCAUCAUCCGUCUUCGGCCGAUUUCAUCCCGGCUGCUCACGGUGGGGCACUGAUCUAUCAAGACUGGUCCACCGUCCAGGUCUCAUGGACUGGUUUCUCAGAUAGCGAUAGCGGAAUUGCAAACUAUCAAGUCGCUCUCGCUGAACAAGAAUCCGGACAACUUGUGCAACAGUUUGUGUCGGUCGGUGGAAGCACCCUUUGGAGGUUUACGGACGCCGACGGUCUCCUCUUGGAGGAUGGCAAAAAGUACUUCGCGGUGGUGCUUGCCACGAAUGGCGCCGGGGCGGUGUCUCAAGCGACAUCCGGAUCCUUCAUUGUCGACACAGAACCACCUUCGGGGGGGAAAGUGGAAGUCGACUUUAACCCGAAUGGGAUCUCCACAACAAUUGAUGGUUUCUUUGACAAGACUAGCGAGAUCGUGGAGUAUCGAAUACUCAUUGGGUCUUUCCGUGGCGCAAACGACGUGGCACCCACUCGGGUCCUUCAAAUGGGAAGUGGAAAGGAUUGCAACCCAUGUGUUGAAACGUUCCCGAUAUCGUUGCAAGAGAAUGCCAUGUACUUUGUGACGGGUAAGUGCGCGGCCAAACUCGAAGGUCUAGUCUGAAAUGGGGAUAACGAGGACUAAGCACCUUCAAAUUCGUCAGUGUUUGCGGUGGAUGCUGGAGGACUUUCAUCAGCGCCCGUUUCCAUCGGCCAGGUCUACACAAAAGAUCCAGUCCUGAUCAGGGCCGCUGCCGGAUUCACCUGGAAUAUAUCGGCGGCCACACCGAAUGUGUUGAACUUCGGCGCAUCGAGUCCGGAAACCGUCACAGUAACCGGAUAUGGCUUGACGAACUUCGUUGUUUCUGGAGGCGCCGUGCAGCCGACC